GUGGUGGUGUGGAUGACGUCAGCGGCGCUGGUUGUUGCAGAGUCACUGUAAACAAGGGGAGAAGUCUUCCGUCAAACCGACUCGUCCGCGCCGCUCACCGCCGUUUUUAUCACCGCCGCUCCGCGAGCAUCUGCCCGUGAUACCGUCGCUCCCCUACAGCAACCCGUGUCCGGCCCGGUACCGGAGGAACGUCUCGCUGUUGUGGCGGACGGAGCUAACCUUAGCAGUCAGCACCCGUUAGCCUGGCUGGCUAACGACGGGCGGCGCUGCCCUGGUCUGCCCUGACCCGGCCCGACCCCCCACUGCAUGCCCCGGGUACCUGUCCGGGCACCUCGACCAGGAGACCCGGAACCCUGGGCGGCUGCUCGGAGCCAUGGAAGCAGGAGGGAAGGACUCGGAGGAGGACACGCUGCAGAUGGCCUUCAAGAAGCUGCGGGUGGACGCUGAGAGCCGGUCAGGACCAGUCGGAGUGUCCGAGGCGUCUCGGGGGACGCCGUCACGAGCGUCUCUGGAGUGCAGCGGGUCAAAAACCAAGCUCGCCUGUCCAAAGGACAACUGGCACGGGAGCACGAGGAAGUCUUCCCGGGGUUCGUCCCGGACCCAGCGGCGCCGCCGGUCCAAGUCUCCGAUCCUCCACCCGCCCAAGUUCACGUACUGCGGCGGCGCGGCGGCGCCCCCCGGGGGCUGCCUGAAGCAGCAGCGCCUGGCCGUGGCCGCGCCGCCCGACGCCCGCCCCCCCGGCGGGGCGGGGCAGGAGGAGCCCGGGGCCGCGGCCGCGCCGGACCGCGCCCCCCCGCCGGUCUUCGGCUCCCGUGCCGGUCUGGAGACACGCGAGGAGUCCGGAGCGGGGGGCCCCCGGGGACCGGCCGAGCCCGGCGACUUCCGGGCCCUGUGCGAGCCGCCGGGGGACGGCUGCUCGGAGUGUGGGGCGGGGAAGGGGGCGGGGCAGGGGGAGGGGCAGGGGGAGGGGCAGGGGGCGGGGUGCCGCUGCCGGGCGCCGGGAGGCUGGAACGGCGUGGAGGUGUACUCCUUCACGGGGCUCCGGGACGUCAUGUCGGAGUGCGAGCGCCCCCUGCAGGGCCCCCGGGACCCCCGGGACCCCCCCAGGACUCGGGGCUCCCCCCGCUCCUGCUCCGAGCAGGCCCGGGGCUUCGUGGAUGACGUCACCAUCGAGGACCUGUCCGGCUACAUGGAGUUCUACCUCUACUUCCCCAAGAAGAUGUCCCACAUGGCCGAGAUGAUGUACACCUGAGGGGGCGGGGCCGGGGGCAGGGCUGCAGCUGAGGGACCUGCAGGGACAGAACCAGCCCAGAGACCCUCCCCCCAACAAUGUUCAGAGCUCAGUGAUUGGAGCAUUCAGUCUUGAGGCCACGCCCACUUCUAUCUGUUGCCAUGGUGAUCGACACUGUUUGAAGCUCUGCAGCACCGACGACACUUUUCCCUGAAACAGAACUUCAGUCCAACGCAGAACCGGAACCAGAAUCAGGACCGGAACCAGGACCGCCCAGGCUGCAGCUUGCUGUCCUUCAUUCUCUCCUCCUCCUCCUCCUCCUCUUCUUCCUCCUCCUCCUCCUCCUCUUCCUCCUCCUCCUCUUCCUCCUCCUCUUCCUACACCUUCUCCUCUUCUUCCUCCUCCUCCUCCUCUUCUUCCUCCU